CCCUUCCCCUCUACUGGGCAAACUUUCAGUGGCUUCGCUUUUUUUUUUUUUUUUUUUUUUUAUCGUCCACCGUGUUGCCCUUUUUUUUUAUGUAUUCCCGAAAUUGGGGUACUACCCGCAAAUGCACAGCCCACACGCCCAUCCAUACCUUUUAAAAGUAAACGAUGGGUAACAAAAUUUCCACGGAGGAUCACAUCUUUCGAUUAAAAUUAAAAACGAAGGAACUAGAAAAAUUAUCAAACAGGUCAGAAUUAGAAGAGAAAAAACUCGUAACCGAUGUCAAAAAGGCCAUACAGGCAGGGAAGAUCGACAUAGCAAGGCUCUAUGCAGAAAAAUGCAUAAGAAAAAAAAACGAAAAAAUUAACUACCUCAAUUUGAGUAACAAAUUGGAUGUCCUUGUGUCCAGGCUCGAGGGGGCCCACAGAAGCGCGUCGCUAGUUAAAGACGUAAGCAUGAUGAUCCCGCUGAUACAGAAGAUAAACACCGAGACCAACGCCUUCAAAAUUGGGAAUGACGUGAUGAAGCUGGAAAACAUUUUUGACGAAAUUAGCAUCAGCUCGGACCUCAUAAACGACACUGUUCAAACGUCCUCUGCGAUCAACGCCCCCACGGAGGAGGUUGACGAAUUGAUCUCCAAAAUAGCAGAUGAGCAUGCCAUAAAGCUAGAUGGACAGCUGGGCCCCGUAAAUUCGAUUAAUAAGGUAAAACAAAAUUUUAGGUCAUUUGUAAAAGGAAAAGCAAGAGGGGCAUAA